UUUUUUUUUUUUUUUUUAGAUUUAUUCAUUUAUUAUAUAUAAGUACACUGUAGCUGUCUUCAGAUACACCAGAAGAGGGAAUCGGAUCUCUUUACAGAUGGUUGUGAGCCACCAUGUGGUUGCUGGGAAUUGAGCUCAUGACCUCUGGAAGAGCAGUCGGGUGCUCUUAACCACUGUGCCAUCUCUCCAGCCCGCAGUCAGUGUUCUUAACCGCUGAGCUGUCUCUCCAGCCCCCAGGCUUUAUAUAUUAAAUCAUUCAUUUUGAGACAGAAUCUAAUGUAUCCCAGGCUGGCCCUGAACUAACUGAGUCGCAGGCAGAAGUUGGCCUUGAUCUUCAGAUUCCCCUGACUCUACCUCCCUAAAGCUGGGAUUUCAGGUGGGCAUGAUUGCAGCUGUUCACAUGGUGCUGGGAUAGAAGAACCCAGGGUUCCAUGCAUGCAAGGCACAUAUGCUCAUGUGCUGAGCGACAUCCCCAGUCUGACUCCUGUGUUUAGAUUGACCCAUUUGGAAGGAUGAUGGUGUCACCCCUGGGCCGGGGACUGCUGAGAAAAUGAGCAGUUCAGGUUAAAGUCCUAGAGUGUGCUAAUUUCUUUACAGAGAGAGCCUGGCACAGCAGUCUCCUUAAUUGUUAUCUGUUUACUGCAUUGGUAGCUGCAGCCAGAACCAGACAUAAUUUUUUAAGUUCCAGGGCAGGAUGGAAAUAAAGAACUGGGGAGGUGGCUCAGGCUCGGCAGGUAAAAGGGUUUGACUAAGUUCCUGAGCCCCACAUGGUGGAAAGAGAGAAUCGGUUCUCACAAGGUGUCCCCUGACUUCUACAUGCACGCUGUGGCAUGUAUCCCCCCCCCCACACACAUACACGAAACAAAAAAAAUAUAAUUAAAAGAAAAACCAACAUGAAAAUGCAAAGCCCUUACCAUGGUCCAAUCAAUGCUAAGACGCUAAACCCAGUAACUACAGAACACUAAACCAAGCGAUGACCCUCAUGAGUGCUGGGCUCUCUAUUCGAGCAGUUUCCUUGAACCCAGCCCCUCUUGAAGACAAGAGGAAGGCCCUAAAGCCAGGUUCUCACCCACCUCACAGGCAAUAGCAACCCAAAGAAGCAAACUGUCCUAGUUAGGCCUCUUUGUCGCAGUGAUAAACACUGACCAAAACCAGUUUAGGAUUAGAAACGAUUUGUUUCAGCUUACAACUCUCGGGUCACACUCCAUGAGGAAAGGAAGUCCUGGGGAGGGACUCAAGGUAGGAACCUAGAGGCAAGACCUAAAGCAGAAAGCUGGAGGGCUGCUGCUUAUGCUUGCUCAGCCUGCUUUCUUAUAGCACCCUGGACCACCUGCCUCCCACAGUCGACUGGGCUUUUCCGAAUCAACCAUCAAUCAAGAUAACAUCCCACCGUUGCCUCCCGGCCAACCCGAUAGAGACAGUCCCUUCACUGAUAUUCCCUCUUCCCAGAUGACUCUUGCUUGUGUCAAGUUGACAAAAACCCAACCAAUGCGGAAGUAAACAAAGAUUGAUAGCAUCCCUUGUAUUUUAGAGACUCGCGCCCAAGAGUUUGCCGAUGGAACCAUCGGAUGGAUGUCUGAGUUUUGGCUUUAAAAUAAUGUUGGGGCCCUAUUCUCAGUUGCCGCCAAGGUGCUCGGUUCUUCCGAGGAAGCUAAGACUGCAUUGGGGUGAGGCCCUCACUUUAUUGGACAACUAGCACCGUGCCGAGAGUCCACAACAUGGCGUCCGUCUCCGAGCUCGCCUGCAUCUACUCCGCCCUCAUCCUGCUCAACGAUGACGAGGUGACUGUCGCGGAGGAUGAGAUCAGUGCCCUCAUUAAAGCAGCUGGUGUCAGUGUUGAACCUUUCUGGCCUGGCUUGUUUGCAAAGGCUCUGACUAUUGUCAACAUUGGGAGCCCCAUCCACACUGCUGCUGCCCCAGCUGAGGAGAAGAAAGUAGAAACAAAGAAGGAAGAAUCUGAGGAGUCGGAAGAUGACAUGGGCUUUGGUCUUUUUGACUAAACUGCUUUUGUUAACAUACCCAAUAAAGAACUGAACCUGUGUGUGGGUGAGGGGGGUAUAAUGUUGGGGAUAAAGGGAAGCAGGGAGUGGGCGUGUUACCUCGAGUUCAUCGCUGAUAAAGCUGGGUGAAGGGUACAUGAAGGUACAGUAGCAUGUGCCUUAGGAUUUUGUAUAUGUUUGGUGUUUUCUAUAAUUCAAAACCAGUUCAAGUCUGGCACGUGUCCUGUAGGAUCCCAGCAGACUCCACAAGGAAGCAGGGUGGUUGCUGGGGCUGAGAUCCUAGUGUUAGCAGGGAAGAGGUCAGGAUUAAGUCUUGGGUAGAAUUACCCAAACUGUGUCUGACACAAUAAAUGCUUAAGGAACAGAACUUUAUGUCAUUACAGCUCUGGAAACUUGAAGCCCUAGGUCAGUGUAGACAGCCCGGGCUUCUCCAUGCUCCCCUCUAUGUGUAACCCCGGUGUCUCUCUGUCCUUGUAAGGAUGCUGGUGCCACUUUGAUGUUCUCAUUUAACCACGACGAUUUCAAAAGGCCUUCUCUCCACACUUAGUAAGGGGGAGAGUUUCAAGACAUGAAUUGUGGAGGGACAUCACUCAGACUCUCUCUAAACUUUGACGUCAUUGUCCUUGUAAAGAAAUUAGAAUCAAGGCUGGGGAGUUGACUCAGUGGUUAGGUGCACUUGUGGCUCCUCCAGAGGGCUCAAGUUCACUUCUCCUUGCUCACAUGGAGGCUCCUAACGGUCCCUUCCAGGGAAUCGGACACCUUCUAAUGCACACGCAAACAUGCAUAUAUGUAUACUCAUAUCCCUGUGCAUGUGCAUGCAUAUGUGUAUAUGUAUCGGUCUUUUGCCUGCGUGUUCAUAUAUGCUAUGUAAGAGAAAAUUAUAAUUGCAAAAAGCUUUUGAAAUAAAACUGAUAAAAUCUG